AUGGCCAAGGACGGAUUUCUCACUGCCAAAGCUGUUGCUAACCGCAUCAAAUCAAAAGGACUUCAGAAAUUACGGUGGUACUGCCAGAUUUGCGAAAAGCAAUGCCGAGAUGAGAACGGAUUCAAGUGUCACUGUGCAUCCGAGUCGCAUCAGCGCAAGAUCUUGCUCGUUGCCGAAUCACCCGAGAAAUACGUUAACGACUACUCUGGAGAGUUCCAAAAAGAUUUUUUAAAGCUGCUUUCCACAAGAUACGGCACACGUCGAGUGCACGCCAAUCUUGUCUACCAAGAAUUCAUCUCGGACAGAACUCAUCUCCACAUGAACGCGACCAAAUGGGCGUCCCUAUCUGAAUUCGCCAUGCAUCUCGGAAAGGAAGGCCUGGCGACUGUGGACGAGACUCCUAAGGGUUGGUUUAUACAAUGGGUCGACAAUUCGCCAAAGAAUCUUGCAAGACAGGAAGCUAUCGCCAAGAAGGAGCGCAUGGAGAUGGAUGACGAGCAGCGGGAACAGAAGUUGAUUCAACAGCAGAUCGAAAGGGCGGCGGCACUUAGGCAGCAGCAACAGGCAGAAGACGGAGGCGAGACUGCAAAGGAAUUGGUUAGAGAGAAUGAUGAGGAGAAGAUUAAGCUGGAUAUUGCGAUCAAGCCAGCUGUUGGGCUCGGUGGUGGACUGAGACUGGGAGCAGGGGCAGGACUGUUGAAACCAAAGAGUUUGAAUGCGUUGGCGACCAAGAAGCCGAAUCCGUUUUCGUCAAAGAGUUCGUCAUCUGCAGCAUCCACAGCAGUGACACCAUCAUCAACAACGACAUUGGCUACACCAACACCUGCUCCAGCUAGUGUCCCUAUUACCUCAGCACCGAAGAAGCGGUCUGCGGUAGAAGAGAUUAUUGAGCAAGAAAUGGCAAGGAAGAAACGACUGGCGGAGCGGAGCAGUGAAAGCGGCCAUGACCACAGAUCGAGUCGAGACUUCAAGGACGAUCGAGAUCACAGAUUGAGCCGUGAUAGCCGAGAUGACAGGGACAGGGACAGGGACAGAGACAGGGACCACAGGGCAAGUCGCGACAGUCGGGAUGACAGAGAUGAUCGCGACUACAGAUCGAGCAGGGAUAGUCGGGAUGACAGAGAUCGUGACUACAGGUCAAGUCGAGACAGCCGGGAUCGAGACAGUUAUCGAGACCGAGACCGAGACCGUGAGCGAGAACGGGAUAGGGAUAGAUAUUGA